AUGGGACAAAGGCUGGCACCCACUCUCGCCAUUGUUUUCAUGGCCAAGAUCGAAAAGCCUAUAAUAGACCGAAAACCACUGCUGUAUUAUCGUUACAUAGACGAUUGUUGCGUCGUCUGCUCAACACAAGCAGAACUAGACACGUGCUUCAAUCUUCUCAAUCAGCAGUGUUCGCACAUUAAGUUCACAAAGGAGAGACCUAUGGACAACUGGUUGGCUUUCUUGAAUGUGCACAUUUACUUGCAGAAUGGAGUAUGUAAGACUAAGUGGUACCGAAAACCCAGUAGCAAAAAUAUCUUAAUCCACUAUCUUUCAGCGCAUCCCAGCAAAAUGAAAAAAUCUGUCAUAGGUAACAUGUACAGCACGACUGCAAGAGUCUCGUCGAGUAGCCAGGAAAAAACAUGGUUUGUAAAUCUGGCCCAUAAAGUAGCAGUAUCCAAUGGGUACCCAGCUGGAGAUGAUGCUACCCGGCAAGCACGACAUCCCUCUCGAAGAUCCAACGUAGUGGAUAGCCCAGAAAAGAUCCCUUUGUGUUUACCUUAUAUAUCUGAUGAUAUGAGCAGAGCGGUACGGGGCUGUCUACAAAAAGCGUUUCUAGAGAAUGACGUGAGAUUUGUGGAAAUACCUCCAGCAAACCUCAAGGGUCAACUGGUACGUAAUCGUGCAUAUGAUCGGCUCUGCACAACUCCCAACUGCGUGGUUUGCUCGUAUUGCAGAGAGGGUGAUUGCAUGGUAUGA